GGGCGGUUGAGCGGUGCCGGCGACAACCUAGCCGGGGGCACGCGCCCCGCCCAUUGGCCAGCCAGGCCACGUCAAUCCGCUGGAGGCGGGGCCCACUGCCGGGCUUUGUCGUCCCCCCUGCUCGGCUUCCGUAGCGGGAGGGAUCGCAGGUGCGGCCGCUGGUGGCUCCUCGGCAGGGGUAGUUGUGGGGCGGCCUCCACAACUCUCCCGGGUCCCAGCGCCUGCCCCCCCCCUCCGGCCCGUGCCCCCCCAGUCCUGACCCCCCCCCCCUCCCCGGCCACCCUCUCCGGCCCUUGCCCCCCAGUCCUGACCCCCCCCAGCCCCUCCCCCCAGUCCUGGGCCCCAGUGCCUGCCCCCCCUCCGGCCCGUGCCCCCCAGUCCUGACCCCCCCCCUCCAGCCCAUCCCCCGACUCCUGGGCCCCAGCGCCUGCCCCCCUCUCCGGCCCGUGCCCCCCAGUCCUGACCCCCCCCUCCAGCCCCUGGUCCUGGGCCCCAGCCCCCCUCUCCGGCCUGUGCCCCCCAGUCCUGACGCCCCCCCUCUAGCCCCAAAGCCUGACCCCUCCGCCUCGCUCUGAGCCUCCCCAGCCCUCGGCCCCAGAUCUUGAUCUCCCCACCCCCAGUCCUGGGCCCCAGAGCCUGACCCCCCACCCCGCCGCCGCCAUGGGGGCCACCGUGUUCUUCGGCUGCACGUUCGUGGCCUUCGGCCCGGCCUUCUCCCUCUUCCUGCUCACUGUGGCCGGGGACCCGCUGCGGAUCAUCAUCCUGGUGGCGGGGGCGUUUUUCUGGCUAGUUUCCCUGCUGCUGGCCUCUUUGAUCUGGUUCAUUUCAGUGCAGCUCAGCAAUCGGGAGGACUCCAGGCUGCAGUAUGGCCUCCUGGUCUUCGGGGCCGCGGUGUCGGUGCUGCUGCAGGAGGCGUUUCGAUUUGCCUACUUCAAGCUACUCAAGAAAGCCGACGAAGGCUUGGCGACGCUCAGUGAGGAUGGGCAGUCUCCCAUCUCCCUCAAGCAGAUGGCCUAUGUGUCGGGGCUGUCCUUCGGGAUCAUCAGUGGGGUCUUCUCGGUCAUUAACAUCCUGGCGGACUCCAUAGGGCCAGGCAUCGUAGGGAUCCAUGGGGAUUCGCCUUAUUACUUCAUCACGUCAGCAUUCCUGACCAUGGCCGUCGUCUUCCUACACACGUUCUGGGGGGUGAUCUUCUUUGACGCCUGCGAGAGGCGGCGGUAUUGGUCCCUGGCGCUGGUGGUGGCCAGUCACCUCAUCACAUCCGGGUUGACGUUCCUGAAUCCCUGGUACCAGGCCAGCCUCGUCCCCAUUUACGUCAUCACCAUCUCCAUGGGCGUCUGGGCCUUCUUCACAGCCGGAGGCUCCUUGCACAACGUCCUCGCCUGCCUCUCCUGUAAACAGGAGGAAGAGAACCGAGUGAUGGUGUACUCUGCACUGCAGGUCCCCGUCGAGGACUGAGCCCCUCCUCAGGCCAGCACCUGCCUGCCAGAGACAUCCAGGGAAGACCAAUACCCCAAGUGCCCUGUUCUCUGCAGCUGGGAGCAGCCUGGGACUCGCCCUCCCCAUGGCAGGAGCUGGGGCAUGGGACUCAGAGCAGAUCACCCUGUUCAUGGGGCUGGGCAGCGGCGCUGGUGGAGGCGUGGCUGGGAUUGUGAGGCCCUGGGGGGCCCUGGCGGUCUCGGUGCUGUGGAUUCAGGGGCCUGGGGCACUGCCGGACUUUCUUUCCCUCCUGUCAGCUGCAAAGGACUGAAGCUCUGACCGGGCCUCUUGGACUCCAACCUGCCCAGAAUCGGGCUCAUGGCAGGUCUUGCAAACUCUGCUCCCCCCCUCCCUGUACAAACGUCGCCCGCUUCGGAGGCGAAUUGUCCCGCGGCUCCUCUGUCUGACUGGGGCUGCAGCAGAGGGUGCUGGGAAGUCCUGUUCGGAAGCACUGACGACUCGCUUUUGAAUUGGUCCUUUAUUGGCAUCUAUUUAUCUGUAUCUCUGAUACCGUAGGGACUGGAUUAGCGCCUCGGUUGGCGGAGCAGCGAGCCCAUCUGGCUGCCCGCCUCCUGCCCUGGGGCCACGAAGGGCCCUCUGAACUCUCAGCCCUGCCCCAGGGUUUGUGGUAGUGAGAACAGCUGAGGCGUUUCUGCGCUUGCCACGGCGCCGGUGUGACCGGCUCAGCUGGGAACUCGCCCGCUGGCAAAGGUUGGCCUGCUUUGGGGAGGGCUCAGUUGGAAUGGAACUCUAAAAGGAUGGGGUGCACACCCCGCACCCCCGAGGUGCAACCAACCCUGCUAACUUCCAUCCAGUGGCAGCUGGGUGAGGGCGCCUCCUGCAGGGUUAGUGAGCCCAAUUUCCCUGGGUGAUGGUCUAGAAACUCUACAGCAUUCCAUCCGGGGCUCCUCCCCAGCAAGGCACACGUGUGUCUCAGCCUGAAGGACCUGCCCCAUUGCAAUGUAGCCUGGCAAAGGGGCUGAGCGUUAAUGUGGCUGCCUCCGCGAGAGAGCUGCUCUCCUAGCUACGCAUGUGGGAAGCAUCUGGGGCAAAGGUAGGCAUGCAUCCGUGUCGCUCCCAGGCACCCCCUACUGGGAGGUCAUGCAGCGUGCGAGUCAUGCCCCAGAAUGGAGGGGAAGGAUCUGCUGCAGAACGGGUUGCAGUAUCACUGGGUCUGCAAGGGCUAAUCUGCUGUAGCAGGCACUGCCCAGCUCUUGGCAAUGCCACGCGGCAGCUCGUCUCCAGAGAACCAGAUGCUUCCAGUGCUGUGGAAGAGGGCCGAAUGGUGCUGCUUUGUUCAGGGGCUAAAAUGAUUGCCCCGCUAACCCCACCCCGGAGACUCCUUGAGGGUGGAGAGCAGCUGCUACGAGAAGUUGCGUUGGGUUUUUUUCCCCUAAGUGUGGGAGAAGAUUCACUAAAAGUCUGUAAAAUUGGGAUUUUUAAAAUAUUUUUUUGAUUCAGAGUAAAAUCCUUUUAAUAGAGAUGGUGUGAUGACUGAUAAAGCCUUCUUUUGUAAUGGG